AUGACCCCGCUGCUGCUCCUGCUGCUCCUGGGUCUGGGGGCGACCGGCCGGGACCCCCCCGGCGCCGCUGAGCCGGUGUCGGCGCUCGAGGCCCUGCUGUCGUCGGGAAGCGGCUCCCUGCCCCGCGGCGCGGUGGAGUCCCUCGUGGGCAUCGCCGCCGGCCGUGCGCAGUGCCGCGCCGGGCCGUGUGGAAAGUGCCUCUCGGCGGACGCCGUCCUGGCGCUGGCGGGGAAGUCGGGUGCCGCAGCCCAGCUGGAGGCCGCCGAGGUGCCGUGGUUGGGCGCCGCCAUCCUGGUCACCCUGCGGGACCCCCCCGGCGCCUGCCGCGACGCCGACGCCGACACGGGGCCCUGGGCCGCGCGCGUCCGGGCGCUGCACCGCGCCUUCACCGGUAACGGCACCGGUAACGGCACCGGCAGCGGCCCUGGGCUGCGGGAGGUGGGGGAGCUGCUGGCGGCCGUGCAACACAACUACCGCGGCACCGACAGCCGCCAGGUUGCCGAUGGCGGCGUGUCACAGCGCGGCGUCGGCGUGUCGCAGCCCUGCGUGGACGCGGCGGAGGUGCUGGCGGCCGGCGCGGCGGCGUCCCCGCGGGUGGGGGCCGGGCGGGUGCUGGGCGCGCUGGGUGCCCUGGUGCUGCGCGGCCGCUGCCUGCGCCCCCCGCCCCCCCCCGGCUUCUUCCUCGACUACGUCUUCCACCGCUUCGGCCACGGGGCCCACGGGCUGCCCCCCGAGGGGCUGAGCGCCCUGAUGGAGCAGCUGGGGCUGAGCCCUGGGGAGCAGCCCCCCUCCCCUCCCCCCUCCCUGCCCCCCUCCCCGCCCCCCCAGAGCCGGCCCUGGGACACCCUGUGCCUGGCCCCCCCCGAGCUGCUGGAGGCGCUGGGGCUGCCCGGGGGGGCUGCGCUGAGCCGGGGCGAUUUCCUGCGCCUGAGCCCCGCGCUGCUGCACGGCCAGCGCCACGGAGCAGCUCAGCACCAUCCAGAGGUACGCAGUGGGUUUGGCGGCGGCGCUCGGCCUGAUCCUGUGCCCGCUGCUGGCGCUGGCGCUGUUAUGGUGUCGCCCGUGUCACCGCGCCCGGCGUUGGCUGCAACCGUUGCUGCUGGGCACCGCUGCCGGGGCGCUGAGCGGGGACGCGUUGCUGCAUCUGCUGCCUCAGCUCCUGGGGGUGCACAGCCACGGGGAGGGGUCCCACGAGGAGGGGUCCCCCACCCACGAAGAGGGGGGGGGGAGGAGCCGGCGGCGCCCUGGAAGCUCCUGGGGGUGCUGGGGGGGCUCUUUGCCGCCUUCCUGCUGGAGAAGCUGCUGGGGAUCCUGCUGCACCCCCGGGAGGAGGAUGACCCCCAGGAUGACCCCGACUGUCACCCCCACUGCGACCCCCACUGUCCCCCCCCCCGUGACCCCCCCGUGGGGCAGCAGCAGCAGCAGGCGGGGGCCUGCGGGGAGCCGGGCAAGGUGGAAGAUGCCAACAGCAACCAGGGCCGGCGGGAGCCGCAGAACAAGGGGCUCCUCGCGCUGCCGUGCGUGCUGACGUUGGGCGCCGCCGCCCACAGCCUGGCGGACGGGCUCGCGCUGGGCGUCGCCUUUAGCGCCUCCUGGCGGAGCGGGGCGGCCACGGCGCUGGCGCUGCUUUGCCACGAGCUGCCCCACGCGCUCGGGGACGCGGCGGUGCUGGCGCAGGCGGGGCUGAGCGCGCGGCGGGUGCUGGCGCUGCGGCUGGGCGGCUCCGUGCCCGCGGUCCCGGGGCUCUGCACGGGGUUGGCGCUGGGCACCGCCCGCUCCGCCCGCACCUGGCUGGGGGCCGCCGCCACCGGGCUGCUGCUGCACCUCGGCCUCUGCGACGUGGUGCCAGCCAUGGUGUCGGCGCGGUCCCGGCGCCCCUGGGUGCUGCUGGGGCUGCAGAGCGCCGGGCUGCUGGGGGGCUGGGGGGUGCUGCUGCUCCUGGCGCUCUACGAGGAGAGCAUCCUGCUGUGAGCACCCACGGCACCCACGGCAACACAGCACCCACGGCACCCACAGCACCCACGGCACCCACAGCACCAUCAGCACCACCAGCACCCACGGCAACACAGCACCCACGGCAACACAGCACCCACAGCACCCACAGCACCCACGGCAACACAGCACCCACAGCACCCACAGCACCCACAGCACCCACAGCACCCACAGCACCCACAGCACCAUCAGCACCCACAGCACCCACGGCAACACAGCACCCACAGCAACACAGCACCCACAGCAACACAGCACCCACAGCACCCACAGCACCCACCACACCGCAGCACCACGCCCCAACACCCAGCACCACCCUCUGAGCCGCAGCCCGGCAGCACCCAGCACCGCCCAGCGGCACCCUGAUGCCCCAGUGCCCUCCGGUGUCAGCCAGUGUCACCCAGCAGCACCCAGUACCACUGUGGUAUAAUCCUGGCAUCACCUGGCAGCAGCUGGAGCACCCAGUGUCACCCAGGGCCCUCCAGUGUCCCCAGUGGCACCCAGUGCCCCCAGUGUCACCCAGUGCCCCCAGUGUCACCCAGUGUCCCCAGUGUCACCCAGUGUCACCCAGUGCCCCCGCGGCCGUGAGCAGCUCCAAUAAAGUCCCUGG